AUGGGUGAUGAGAAUACCUUACAAUCAACCUCUGAAGGUGGUGGUGAUGAAGAGGACAACAAUAGCAACGAAAGCUCUGUGACCCAAGUUAUGUUGAAUGUGUACGACCUCACACCUCUGAACCAUUACGCUGUUUGGUUUGGUUUUGGAAUUUUUCAUUCUGGCAUUGAAGAUAGGAAUUGGGUUUUGCUUAAGCCUUGGAAAUUUUAUUAG